GAAAAUGGGAAGAAGCAAAACCUGGAUUUCGGGUAGAGAAGACGAUGGAAAAAGACCUAUCAAAAGUUUUGGGCCAAAUCCCAAGAGACAGAGAAAGGUGGCUCCGGUGAGUCAAAGUAAAAUCAACUUGAGAGAUGAAAUUCCUGAAGAAGAGCGAGGACUUAUUGAAGUGCGAGUAGAAGUUAAAGGGAGGAAUGAAAAUUCAUGUGAAGAAAUUGAAGUAGGCGUAGAAGAUAAAGUGAGGAAUGAAGAAUCAUGUGAAGCAAUUGAAGUGGAAGACGAAAGAAUCGAAGAGGAAGAAAAACACGAAGAGGAAGAUAAGGAAAGUUAUGAAAUUGAAGAGGCAGCUGCGGCUAAUAAUGGUGGCAAAGGAGAAAGUGCUGAUACCGUCAAACGUAGUGGAAAUGGCUCAAUUUCUGUGACUUUAACCGACCCAGAACUUUUAGAUUGCCCCGUUUGCUUUGACGCAUUGACCACUCCAGUCUUUCAGGAAGUUGCUGGUUUUAGAAGAAAGCAGAAAAUGGUAAGAGCAAAAAACACAACCACUCAGGGUGGAGGCACAUCGUCAGCUGGAGUCUAAUUUCGAGACGUGCAACAUAAAAAGCAAUACAAAGAGAUGACGAAAAGAGAUAUUUGUCUUGGAAGAAGUUCGGAUUUAGGAUUUAUAACUAGUUUGGGAUUAGGU